UUCCCCUUUUCCCGACGCAUUUUGAGGGAUUUCCCGACGCCACGUCACUGCGUCGGGAAAUCCCCUUUAAAUUCGUUUCAGUUCUGUAUUCACAGAACCGAAGCCGAGAGGAGAGGAGAAAAAGAAAGGAGAAGAAGAAGAACGUCGCCCGGCCGUGCUUUCCUUUUGUUCCGCCGCCGUCCGUCGCCGACCGCCUCGCCGUUGUUCCUCGUCGCCGUCUGCCACUUUAGCCAUUAUGUCAUAUCGACCAUCAAAUUUUAUGGAGACGGACGAUAUGUUCCUCCAGUUUGAGGACGAUUUAGAUAAUAACAUCGCGGGAGGGUCAUCAUCUGUGGGCGACAAUACGGAGUCUUCUUCUCAACAAACGACUCCGACUCCUAGGAGACGUGCGCAGUCUCGACUCUUGGAGUUAGAGCGCCACGUUGCAAUAAAUGGGCGCAUUCCGAUGACGAUCGUCCCUGGAGCGGAGAAGCCUAUUUCUCCACACGCCGUUCGCUUCAGCCAGGCGAUAGGCGUGUGCGUGCGAAAGACAUUUCCCGUCCGCUGUCUUAAGUGGACGGACGUUGGGAGAGAAUACAUUGAGGUCGUCAAGGGCGACCUCCAGGUAAUUAAAUGCACUACACAUUUAUAUAUGAUUUCAUUUGAAACAUAUCUAACUUUAGCCAAUCUAAUGUGUUAUGUUUGUAAUGUGCAGCGAUUCUUUGUGCUUGAUUUCAAUGAUCAAGCGAUGAACAGGUUUGUUGAGCAUCAGAUGCUCACGACCUUUAAAGAGUUCCGGGCCGACUGUCAUACACAUUUCAAAAAGUACAGCGACCCGGAGGAGGCUCGUGCCAACCCACCAAACGCAUUGGUUGGACGUGAUGAGGAAUGGCACUUCCUCUGCGACCAUUAUAUCAGCCGUGCAUUCCAGGAGCAAUCACGGACGAACAAGGCUGCUAGACAGAAGCAGCCUUACAAUCAUAGUAGCGGGUCCAAGUCGUUUCUACAACGACAACAUGAGCUCGCUGAAAGAAGAGGGCAGCCGGUCGAUCGUGUGGAAUUGUUCCGGGAAACACACGUUCGAGCUGGGACAUUCGUGUCGCAAGCCGCCGAGGAUGCGCAUCCUAUCCCAGAGGGUAGUCAGCCACUCUCUGAGGAUGAGAUAUGCGAUCAGGUGUUGGGUAGACGACCAGGCUACUCAAAAGGCCUUGGUUGGGGACCCAAGCCGAAGGCCCGCAGAACGGCAAGUGCAAGCAGUUCGUCGACAUCUUGUUCGCAGUCCACACAAAAAGAGAUUGAAUUACAAGCUAAACUUCAUGAAGCUUUGGAACGGAUUGAAGUACAAGAUAGAAAUCACCAAGCAUUAGCUUCACAAGUGGAAGCUAUGAAAAAGAUGAUUGAAGACCUAACUCGUGCACAACAGGGACCACCACAUGAUCCCUAGCUUCAUUAUGUUUAUGUUUUUUCUAUAUUGAGAACUAUAUUUUGUUGUAGUCAACUUAUUCGUAUUAUUAAUUUUAAUUCUAUUUUUUUAA